AUGCCUCUGAGUCCGGCUGCUGACACCAAACAUGAUCGCCCACGGCAACAGGCGGUUACUAACGGCAACCCAACCGGUUCUGCCGUCGCUAGGGACGACGAGGGUGAGGACACGCCCCCUGGAAACAACAUUGUCGUUCGCAUCGGCAUCCCGGACCUGCAGCAGACGAAGUGCUUGCGUCUGGACCCGGAGCUCCCAGUCUGGUCCAGUAAGCAGAGGGUGCUGGUCACGCUGACUCAGGCGCUGUCCGACGUCCUGAACUACGGCCUCUUCCAGCCGGCGUUCAACGGCCGAGCCGGCAAGUUCCUGGACGAGGAGCGGCUGCUGAAGGAGUACCCGCUCCCCCCCAUCACACCCAUCCCCUACCUGGAGUUUCGUUACAAGAGGAGAGUUUACACCCAGAGCUACGUGGACGACAAACAGCUGGCCAAGCUGCACACCAAGGCCAACCUGAAGCGCUUCAUGGAGCACGUCCACCAGAAGAACGUGGAGAAGGUCUCCAGGUGGCUGGAGAAGGGCCUCGACCCCAACUUCCACGACUCAGACAGCGGGGAGUGCCCUCUGACCUUGGCUGUCCAGUUGGAGGAAAGCUGUGAUUUGAUCAAAGUUCUUCGUAGUGGAGGAGCUCACCUGGACUUCAGGACCCGCGACGGGAUCACAGCCCUGCACCGCGCAGUACUCUGCAGGAACAGUACUGCACUCACCACGCUGUUGGAUCUCGGAGCGUCGCCGGACUACAAAGACAGCCGCGGCCUCACCCCGCUCUACCACUCUGCCAUGGUGGGCGGCGCCCCCUACUGCUGCGAGCUGCUGCUGCAGGACCACGCCAGCAUAGGGAUGACUGAUGAGAAUGGAUGGCAAGAAAUCCACCAGGCCUGUCGUCAUGGUAACGUGCAGCACUUGGAGCACCUGCUGUUCUACGGAGCCGACAUGAGUUCCCAGAAUGCAUCAGGAAACACUGCCCUGCACCUCUGUGCUCUGUAUAACCAGGACAGCUGUGCCCGAGUGCUGCUGUUCAGAGGAGCCAACAAGGACAUCAAGAACUACAACAACCAGACCGCCUUUCAGGUGGCGAUCAUUGCUGGGAACUUUGACCUUGCAGAAAUUAUAAAGAUACACAAAACCUCCGAUGUUGUUCCCUUCAGAGAAAGCCCAUCAUACACCAAGCGUCGAAGAGUGGGCGGGACCAGAGCGUCAGGUGGGAGUGGCCUGUCCUCUCCUCGUUCUCUCAUUCGCUCAGCCAGUGACAACGCUCUGGAAAGCCCCGCCUCCUCCCCUGGCCCCUCCCUCCACAGCCUGGAAACACACCACGACACACAUACACACUCACUGCGACGACACACACGCCGCCUGAGCCCCAGUGGGGGGGGUCAUGUGGAGUCAAGUCCCCCUGCCUCUCCUCCCCCCACUCCCCAGGUGAGGAAGAGGAGGCUGUACAGCGCCGUGCCAGGACGCACCUUCAUCGCCACCCGGUCUCACGUUCCCCAGGGUCCCGGAGAGAUCCAGCUGCACCGAGGAGAGAGGGUCAAAGUUCUGUCUAUAGGUGAAGGAGGAUUCUGGGAAGGAAGCGUGAAAGGCCGAACCGGCUGGUUUCCUGCCGACUGUGUGGAAGAAGUCCAGAUGAGACAGUAUGACCCGCGGCUGGAGACGAGGGAGGACCGGACCAAGAGACUGUUCAGACACUACACUGUGGGCUCCUACGACAACUACACCUCCUACAGUGAUUAUGUGAUUGAGGAGAAGACAGCCGUGCUGCAGAAGAGGGAGAGCGAGGGAUUCGGCUUCGUCCUGAGAGGAGCUAAAGCUGAGACGCCCAUUGAGGAGUUCGCCCCCACUCCGGCCUUCCCCGCUCUGCAGUACCUGGAGUCGGUGGACCAGGGGGGCGUGGCCUGGAGGGCGGGGCUACGGACCGGAGACUUCCUCAUCGAGGUGAACGGCACUGACGUGGUGAAGGUGGGACACAGACAGGUUGUGUCUCUGAUCCGGCAAGGAGGAAGUCGACUCCUGAUGAAGGUCGUCUCUGUUUCCAGGAAGACCGACUCCAACCUGCUCAGGAAGAAAGCUCCGCCCCCUCCAAAACGAGCUCCGAGCACAUCGUUAACACUUCGCUCCAAAUCCAUGACCGCCGACCUGGAGGAGAUAGAAAAACUGGACGAGAUGCUGGCAGGAAGUCCACAGGAAGUAGUCCUGAGGUCCCGCCCAUCAGACGCCGACUUCAGGGCGGCGACAGUCAAACAGAGACCGACGAGCCGCAGGAUCACUCAGGCUGAGAUUAACUCGUUGUUUGAGCGUCAGGGUCUGGCGCCCCCCCAGGCCCUGGAGAAGAGCACCAUGGCUCUGCCCAGAGGAAUGUCUCGGACCAAGUCCUUUGGCACCCCUGAGGACGACAGGAUCUCCGCUCUGAUUAGUGAAAAUCGGUUUCCACGGAGCUCCUCGUUGACGGACAGCUUCAUCCCGCCUCCUCCUCAGACAGCUCCGCCUCCCCCUCCCUCCUCCUCCUCCACCUCCUCGCUCUACCUCCUCGACUCCGGCCCUCCCCCCUCCUUUCUCCCCCCUCCGCCCCCGGCCAGAGGGGAGGCACUAAACCGCUCCAGCUUCAAGCCGGGGGCGGAGCCGAGGCUCCAGGAACUCUCUGAUUCGCCGUCGAGGAGCCACGCCCACGCGGAGCGGCAGAGGAAAGCCAGAUCCAUGAUCAUCCUGCAGGACUCACCUGCACUGCAGCCCGAUGCACACACACCUACACACACUCUGCACACCGCCACACACACCGCCACACACACACUGCACACCGCCACACACACCUCCACUCUCUCUCUCCACACUAGCGCCGCCCUCGGCCACUCCCCUCUGGCCCGCCGCCGAGGACGACCGAUAGAAAACCCGUAUGCUAAUGUGGGCCAGCAGGCUCCGCCCAGCAAACCCCAGAGGAGGAAGUCGCCCCUGCUGAAGCAACUUCCUGUGGAGGAGCAGGGGGUUGUAAUCAAAGACCAGGAAGUGUCCAAAUCAGAGGGCGGAGCCGGCAGCCCCAGCAGGGCGGAGUUAUACCAGCAGCAGGUUCUUUCUGAGCGCGCUCGGGUCCAGGGCCGUCGCUCAUCUCUCUUCCUGUCUGUAGAGGGGGCGGGGUCAGAAAACCAGGCUCCGCCCCUGUUGACCCAGAGUCACUCCAUGGAUGACCUGGGGGAACUGCCCCCCCCCGCCCCGGUGCUGUCGCCCUCGCCGACGCCGCACACCUUCCUGCACCCGCUGACCGGGAAGCCUCUGGACCCCUCCUCCCCGCUCGCCCUGGCUCUCGCUGCACGAGAACGAGCGCUCACCGCGCGCACGCCGAGCCCCGAGCCUCGAAUCAAACACGCCUCCGCAACGCCCACCCCCGCCGCCAGCCCCGAGGGCAGACACAAGCGCACCCCCAUCACCACCCCCCAGAGCAGCCCGGAGCCGCGAUCCAAGCGCACCACCCCGCAGACGAGCCCCGAGCAGCGAACCAAGCGCACCACUCCCCAAACGAGCCCCGAACUGAGACACAAACGCGUGACCCCGCCCCUUUUCCCUGACGGACAGGUGGAGCGCCCAGAGACAGAAGGAGGAGUGACAUCACCUGCCGGUCCCUCCCCUGAGCGCUGGAGACCCUCCCCCUUGCCGGCGCUGGCCAGUGACGGCCAGUCGGCUCUGAUUGACAGGCGGCGCAGCCUCACGGUCGGGAGCUCGGAGGAAGAGGGCGGGGCUUACACUGUGACCCUCCCCCCUGCUUUGCUGUCGUCCAGCGACGAGGAGACGAGGGAGGAGCUCCGCAGAAUCGGCCUGGUGACUCCACCCCCUGCCUUCGCCUCCCCCCCCGCGCCCCCUCCCCCGUCCUCCCUCAGCCUGUUGCCGCGACGAGCGGGGGAGGGAGGGGGAGGGGAGGGGGGGCCGGACUCCCUGGGGACGAGAGGAGAGGAGGAGGAGGGAGGUGAGGACCGGCUCCGGGACAGCUCCUCCUCCCCCAGCUCGCUCCCCCCCUCCAUCACUCUGGCCUCCCCUCCCGCCCCCUCCUCUCCCUCCUCCCCUCCCGCGCCCUCUCCCUCCGCCUCCUCCCCAUCAGGCCUCAAGCCCCGUCUCCGCUCCCCCAUUGGCCGAGGGCGCUCCGCGCUCAGAGACCCCCUGCUGAAGCAGUCGUCGGACAGCGAGCUCCUCCCCUCCGCCUCCUCCUCGCCCGCCUCCUCCUCGCCCGGCGGCCGGCAGCCGCGCUACUUGUUCCAGAGGAGGUCCAAGCUGUGGGGCGGGGACGAGCGGGGGGGCGAGGACAGGAGGGGCCUGAGUCCGGAGGAGGGGGGCCGUCCUGCCGCGCUCGGGGCGCAGGGGGCGGGGUCAGCGCUGGACCUGAGCGGGCGGUCGAGCUCGGCGCUGGAGCUGACCGGCCGGACGGGCUCCGGCUUGGAUCUGGCCAAUCGGCUGCAGCUGCUGAACAAGGACAGUCACUCUCUGGGGGAGGAGCCAAGUCCUCUCGACCCGGGCCGCAGGUCGCCGGUGGGCGGGGCAAGGUUGUUCUCCAGCCUGGGGGAGCUCCACACCAUCUCCCAGAGGGGUUUUGGAGCAAGCUAUACCGUCCGACCAGGAAGUCGCUACCCUGUCACCCGCCGAAGCCCCUCCCCCUCUCCUUCCCCUUGCACUGAUAGGCCUAUAGGGCUAGGCUCCUCCCCUGCGCCCUGCUCUGAUAGGCCAGAACUUGGCCCGGGGCGUGGCCUAACCAUCCUGAAGUCUUCUAGUCUUAGUCUCCCCUCAGAACCAAAGGAGGUUCGGUUUGUGAUGCGAAGUGCCAGUGCUCGAACCCGAUCCCGUUCCCCCUCGCCGUCGCCCCACGCCUCGCCCUGCCCCUCCCCCGUCCUCAGCGGGCCCCUGUUGGCCCUCCGACCCUGGAGGCAGCGGCCCCUCAACCUGUGGAGUAAAUAUGACGUGGGCGACUGGCUGGAGAGCGUGGGAUUGGCCGAACAUCGGCAGCGCUUCCAGGAACACGAGAUCGAAGGUUCCCACCUCCCCGCCCUGACCAAGGAGGACUACGCCGAGCUGGGCGUCACCAGACUCGGACACCGCAUCAACAUCGAGCGGGCUCUCAGACAGCUGCUGGAGGGCUCCACUUGACCCCUCCCCCCGACCCCUGACCUCUAGAAAGCCCCGACUGUGACUUCACACCAUCUUUUUGACUAGAAUAUCUUAGGAGUAACAGGAUCCUUUUUACCGAUGUGGAGCCCAACUCACUUUGACCAACCUCAGAUGUUUGCUCAUUGGCUCCUUGAUCAACUUCAUGUUGUGCAGCAAAAAAAAAAAAAAAAAAAAGAUUGUACUGUGACCUCUGUGUACUCUCUAAGUCCAGUAUGUAUUUUGACCUCUUUUUGACCCGUGUUCAUAGAUUACACUGUUCAUAUUCCACAGAUUUCAGAAAAUCUGAAAGACAUGAACUGGAACAGUCAGUUCCUUUUGGGCCUCGUCCCUUUUAGUUGUCACCACCAGGAGGCUCCAAAGUCUCUUUUCUGAAAGAAGGUCAACUGGUCAGUCAGUGAUAUUCAAGUUUCUAGGCCUUCCCCCCCUAGUGGUGAUGACAGGGGGCAGCAACAAUCCCAGAAUCAAAAUUCAAUAAUAUCCCAGAAUCACAAGUAGAUAUGGUGCAGCGUUUUCAGCCUGAAGAUGUCUGCGAUGCCACUCAAUGACAUCAAAUCAAUAUAGUGGGUACGUUGUAAACACAUCACAGCUUUACUUUACUUUGUUGUUAUGAAUCUUUAAAUACACAGAACGUCACUUUUACGCUUAACAGAAAUGUCAAAUCUGUCAAAACAUCUGAUUUAAACCGUUAAAUAUCAUAAACAUCACAUGUAUGUUUUAAACAAUUAAACAUAAAUGUAAAGUGUAAAUUUGCACUUGAAAAUCCUAACAUGCUAUGCUAACUAGAUUGCCAAAUACAAUUAACAUAACAGCUGCUGAGAGCGAGAUUUUGCGAGAUCAUGUGGGCGUCUCCGGUUCUCCUGCAGCUGCAAGCGGCUCAGUGCUGCUUCAGCAUCAGCGGAACACGGUGUGCUAAAGCGAACUGAGCUAAAUGAAUUCAUGACAUCCAGAGGUUGAAGAGAAGUUGAUCAAAGAGCUGAUCUGCCAAACGAUUGGACUCUUAUUUUCCUGAGGGGUUUGUGUUGUGUUGCGCCGCUUCCUGUCCCUGGAUCAGCCAAGCGGACGCCCUGCGCUCCGGCGGCUCGGUCCAGGCAGAUCUGCGAGCUCGGCGCUGUUCGCAGGACAUUUCUCUGUCCUUUCAGAAAGUUAUUGUGACUUAGCAAUUUUUCAAAUAUCAUUCAUGAAACAUUUGUGUUUAUUUUGAGUUUAUAACAAUUUAUCCUGAUCAUUUAGAAUUUAUGAAUAACCAGUAAUAAUAACGUGGUGAUGAUUUUGAGUUUAUAAUAGCUUGGAGGUGAUUUUUAGUUGCUCACGAUUUGACAAUGAAUUGAAUUCCACGGUUGCUCUGUGAAUUCAUGAUGACUUGUCGAUGAGUUGGAGUUUGUGGUCGCGUGCUGUGUUUCAGGGAGAGCUGCAGCCGUGCUCCAAAUGGAAACCACUCUGGUUUCUAAUCUGCCAAUCGAGGGCUGACUGUACAUGGUGCUAUCUCUUUAAAGCCAUUUGUACAGAACCCCCCCCACCCCACCCCCCAAACACACACACACACACACAUACACACACACCUGCCAUACACUGAAACCUUAAAUCCCUACAAUAAUCUCACUCAUUUUACACUGAAACCCUGAACCCCUCAGAUAAACCCUCAAAUCAAUCAUCGAUCCGUGGCUCUUGACCAGAGGUUCUCAAGUGGUGGGUCGUGGUCCAGAGGCAGACCACAGGCUUGCAGUUCUGCUUUGUCUUGAGACUGAAAAUAAAAAACAAACAUUAUUUGUUUUUUCUGCAUUUCUGGUGAGCGAGACAAGCUUGGUGGAUCCAGGCCCAAAAUGUGACAUGAAACAUACUAAACCUGGUUUUACGUCCACUGAAGAUACUAAACAAACCAUGGCCAGCCUUUAUUUCAAGUCUUGAAAAAGGGCGUUUUGAAGGCAUGAAUUAAUCUAGUUGAUGCUGCAAUUAGGGAAGUGAACAAAUAUGAAAAACUCUAAAUUUCCCAGUUUUCAAGAAUUUCCCGAUUUGGGAUCAAUAAAGUGCAUCUAUCGAUCAUUCUUAAACAUUUACUGAUGAAAAGUAAAAUGACUGAAUGUCAUCCAACAUUUAGCAUUUAUUUUAUUUCUUCAUUCAUGGCAGUGAUUGUAGGUAUUAAGUGUUUUUUAUGCAUUGAUUUUAAAAAAUAAUUUUAUUUUUUUUCAUGUAGAAGUUUUUUUCUAAAUGUUUUUGGUUCCAAUGUCACAUCCCAAGUUGCAACAGCUUUUUAUUCCACUGGGUUGUCAGCCGUCAUUGCACCUUCUUGUUUAUUUUCUAUUUUAAAAGUACAUGAAAAUAUUAGACUUUUCCUUUUACUAAAUCAAAGUGAAUGGUUCCUCAGUCAGACUUUAAGCAGUGAUGGCUUCAGGCUCUGUUCUAAACUGCAGGAAAACUACACAUCUGCUGCAACGCAAAGUUUUGCUGAGAGAAUUUAAUAUUUUUAUUGUGUUCUGAAAUAAUACAAAACUCCACAUCAGAAAACGACAGUAUGUCAUUAGAGAACGGUGCACGGUCAAUCUAAACUGCUAGACGAGGUCAGAUCUGAAAUUCAUCGUCUCGUCUCUGGCUCGUAACAACCCCUGGUGUUUCUAGUUAGCCGACUGUGGAACAACACACCACCGGUGUUGCCUGACGACAGUUGUUUCCGUGGCGAUGGUACAGUGUAGCCGCCACCAAAACCAGCGGCAGUGUAAAGCUCCUCUGUGGACCCUGAGGCUCCACCGCUUGAGAACCACUGAUCCAGACCUGCCGGGUUAAAGCCAGGAACCACCAGGAACCACCAGGAACCACCAGGAACAGGCCAUAUACAGAGGGCCUCCCUGCCAUAUAACAUGCAGUUUGUUGGAGGCCAUAUUCGGAGGCCAUGCAGUGCAAUGUGGCGUUCAGGUCUGGGUAAGAGCGCCCUCUGUAGGGAAGAAGUAGUGACUGCCCAGAGCAGAGCACAGAGGUAUAGAAUAUAUAGUCUAUGUACAGCACCACAGACUAUAUAGUCUAUAUCAUAUAUAUUAUGUAUAUAGUAUAUAUACCAUAGUAGACUAUAAAGUUUCUAUAGUAAUAUUUUGGUGGACUAUACGGUCUGUGUAGUCUUCAGUAAACAGAACGUUCAUGUCCGCAAACACACGCCAGACACUUCCUGCUGCUUCUGGAUGCCAAAUGGAAACCAUCAGGGGAGUCGAAGCAGGCCAAUAAAGAGAGACAAAAAAAAACAAAAAAACAAAAAGCAAACUGAGCAGAGAAAUCAAUCAAAGAUGAACCGGAGGAAUAAAACAGAACAGCAGGAAAUCUGCUCUGACGAUCGCAAAGCGAACAUUUAACCAGGACUCAAACAUUUUGAUGUGACGGUGCCGCUGACAGCGUGCAGUCGCAUUAAACUUUCUAGAUUCAACUGAAGUCCAAAAAAGAAAAGAAUGUUCAGUGAAGCAAAAAGCUUUUAUCAGGAUGCCUGCUCUCUCCUGGACUUUGCUUUCCAGGUUUCUUUUGUCACGGCAGAAAUGUCAGUGAAGUUCCUCUGUCGGUUCCCCAAAGAUGGCUGCCAGAUGGCCCGUUAGAAACUGUAGAACUCCCUACACAGUGGCAGUUCUACUCGGUUCUGUUUCUAUGGUUAACAAGCACAGAUCAGCUAAAGGAGACACAGCUAAGCUAGCUUGAUUCCUCUCAUCCGUCAGCGGACGUUAGUUUCCUCUUCAGCAAACUAACCGUUUCCUGAUGUUCCUCUUCAAAAAACUCAAAUUCUGUCUGGAACGUUGCAGAACGCGAAGACACCGGCAGAAACAGGCGGACGGUGUGUGUGUGUGCGCGAGGUGUGUGUGAGGUGUGUGUUUGCAGGUCGUGGCGUACAGUCUUUAUAGUUUCUAUUAUCACAGUGGACAGCAGGGGGCAGCGUGGAGUUUUCAGCAGCGUGUCGGCCACAGCGUCACCAUGGAAAUCAGGUUGCAUGUAGAGGGCUGACAGCGAGGUCACAACGUGACCUUUAACCUCCGACCUUUGACCUCAGGUCCCCAUCAGGGAUUCCUCUGUAUGCUAACGUAGACGUGAGGUCACUCGCCUGUUCCAAGAUUUCUCAGCCAAUCAGGAAAAUAUUACCAGCAAGCCUGCUCAGAUCUGCCCAGUGAUAUGGUGAAGUGAGGUCAGCGGUAUCCCUCCGCCAGGAAAAGUAGUUCCUCCUUUCCCUUAUAUGUACCCCCGCGCAUCUGUCCGAGCUUCAGACCCUCCAGACCAACAUGGCCGCCAGGCAGGUCGCAGUUUCAGGGGACAGGGAGAGAGGCUGUAAAUAUCGUCAUGGAAACGAGCCCUAUGUCACGUGAGGAGAAAUGAUGCCUUUGCCAUGGUAACACCUCAGCUCUUCACUGAUUGGCUGAGAAUUCUGGCUCUUAUCUGUGUGUUGAAAUCUUCCUCCUUUACUUCUAAUAUUAUAAUUAUGGUUAUGAUUAUCCUUUCUAGCUUCCUCUUUUUACAGUGCGUUUGUAGUUUUUCUGGAGUGAGUGGUGUGUGUACUUGUAGUUUUUUUCUUCCCUUUUCUAAAAGAGCACACAUGACAACUGAUGUGGUUGCCGUGGCGAUCGCAGAGCUCUGAAACGGAUGUAAUCUUUAUAAUAAACCAUCAUUUACUACAAAGUUA